GCCCCGGCGCCUCGGCCACGUCUGAAAGCGGCUCAUUGUCUCUGUCGGCAGCUCGGAGCCGCGGCGGUGGCGGCGGGAAGCCUCUCUUUCCAGGUGAAGGUCACACACCGGUCGGAAGAAUUUGUCUUUAUUUUUUAGUUGCAACAGUUGCUUCAAUGGGGCACACAGGGCACACCUCAGCCCAUUCGUCCUCGGACGGUUUGAAUUUGAGGACAUUACUGUGCCGCUGCAGACAGAGUCUCAACUUUUCUUAUUGCUCUUCCUCGGUGAGAAUGGCAAGGAUUCGGAUUCCCAGCACAGUCGUUAUACUUUUUGUUACAGUUCAGACUGGAUUCUUACUCUUCAUGUUUGCCCGGUACAGUAGCUUCAUGCCUCAGGCUGUGGAGAAACCAUCACAAGUCCACAUCCUCAUUCUCUCCUCCUGGCGGUCGGGAUCUUCUUUUGUCGGGCAGCUUUUCAGCCAGCACCCCAGCGUCUUCUACCUGAUGGAGCCAGCGUGGCACGUGUGGGUUACGAUGUCUCAGAACAGCGCCAAAGUCUUACACAUGGCAGUGCGGGACUUAGUCAGGUCGGUCUUCCUGUGUGACAUGUCUGUGUUUGAUGCUUACAUGCCUUGGAAAAGAAACUUAUCCGAUCUUUUCCAGUGGGCAGCGAGUCGGGCUCUGUGCUCAGCUCCUGCUUGUGACUCUUUUCAACGCACUGACAUUACCAGUGAAAUGGCCUGCAAGACUCUUUGUGGACGGUAUCCGUUCAGCAAGGUGGAGGAAGCCUGUAGAACUUACAGCCAUGUUGUCAUCAAGGAAGUUCGAUUCUUUGACUUGAAGGUCCUCUACCCUCUUCUCACUGACCCAUCCCUGAAUCUCAAAAUUAUUCACUUGGUCCGUGACCCCAGGGCAGUCGUUAAGUCACGGGAACAAUCAGUGAAGGCAUUAGCCCGUGACAAUGGAAUUGUCUUGAGUACCAAUGGCACUAAAGUGGAAGACAGCAAAUACAAAGUAAUGCAAGAGGUUUGUAGAAGUCAUGUUCAGAUUUAUGAAACGGCUACUCUAAAACCACCUAAUUUCCUUAAAAAUCGCUAUUUAAUGAUCCGUUUUGAAGAUCUGGUAAGAGAUCCAUUAUCAGAAAUCUCAGAAAUGUACAAAUUUGCAGAUCUUAAUUUGACUCCCAGGCUCAAAAGCUGGAUCUAUAAUAUCACACAUGGACAGGGACCAGGAAAAAAAAAAGAAGCCUUCAAAAUCACAUCUCGAGAUGCAGUUAGUGUUUCACAGGCCUGGAGAAACGUUCUUCCCUUCCAGAAAGUUAAGAAAGUACAGGAAGUUUGCAAAGGUGCUAUAAACAUGCUUGGCUAUCAGCUGGUGGAUUCCGAAAAAGAACAAAGAGAUCUGACAUUGGAUUUAGUGUUGCCAAGACGACAAAAUCAAUUCAGUUGGUUAUCAUUUAAUCCAAAGCACUGAAACAUUAUUUUUGAGAGAUAUGGGGGGGUGGGGCAGGGUAGAUGUUUGACUGUUUCUCUACUGCUCAGCGUAUAGUAAUUGGAAAAUCCUUGGCUGAUGACUUUAAGUAUCUUUCUAUCUACUAUUUUUCCGUUAAUGGAAGGAGUAUAUUUUCCUGAGUUUCUUACACCUCAAAAACAAAAAAAGGCAAGAUAAUUGUCAUUGCAAAUAUACAUUUGAGCUGUGCUGCUCAAGCAUUGUUUUAAAGUACUAUCAUUUAAGUACUUUCUGUUAAAAGGUGAAUUUUCAAAGAUGUCUUUAUUGAUAAUAGUUCACUUCUGUUUUCAUGUUUUAUAUAUUUAAGAAUCACAGUUCUUUAUUUGUAUAAAUGGAAUGAAGUAGAUACUAAAUUCCUUCAUUUGACUUUCUUCUUUCCUUUAAA